AACGUUUUUGUAGGAAUAUAAAACUGGAGCGUUAGCUUUAAGCUCCACGUCAAACACUGAUGCUUCUUUUUCAUAAAUUACGAAUAAUUAUCAGCUUGCGAUUUCCAACAUGAACUUCACAUUAUCACUAUCAUAUUUACGUUAAAUGGCGUUAAGCGACGAACGAACGCAUAAAUUUCACACUUUUGCGAUGAACGUCAACGCACAGUUUACUGAGAGAUAAGUCUGAAUGAAAUUGCUUGCGAGAAAUGUUGUUUUACAUAAAGAGCACACCGUCUGAAAAAAUCGAUAUAAGAGCAGUCUAGUUAUCUCUGUAAACGUAGUUAGCCGUCAAACAUACGUUGCAGAUUGAUUACGUUAUUUCUAUUUUUCGGUAAGUGAGAGAGAAUCUAUCAUUUGAUCUAUCUUGACGACGAUUAAAUUAAUUAACCGUCACUUAUUAUAAUCAUUUGUACUCUUUCUGUAAAUGUCCAUCUUAGGAGUCGCAUAUCCUGCAACGGCAAAGCAUAUUUAUCACAAUGAGACGCUUUCCGCGCAAACGGCAUUCGAAAAAAAUCAAUCGGAUACUGCGGCUUUUGUUCUGAUAAAUCCAAAACAGAUUCAACGUGCGGGGAUAACAGUAAGGAACUUCUUGGCGAAAUUAACCGGGCCGAUCGCUCAACCGAUAAUGAGAUUGUCGUCUCCUGAUGGAGAUAAUUUACAAAAGACAAUAAGCGAAGUAUGCAAGAUUAUACGAGAGAAAGUUAUGGAGUUUGCGCGAGCUUGCGGGUUGAUCACAUCAGUUCGUUCGUAUGAGCAAAUACCAUGGAACUCCACGAUGUCUGAGGAUUGGUUUACGGAAGGUCUGGUCCAGGCAUCACUUUUGCUGUGUGAUCUCGCCAGAAUGGGAGAGGAACUUUGGCUCACGAUCGAUCGUUAUUCCGAUGCGUAUAACAUAUCUCUACACGAGAGUAAUAAAUUAUCAACACGCAAGACAGCAAAAAGCUUUAAGUUCUUGGGCGCUAUAAAUGACGCCACUAGAUUCAACGAAAUAUUAUUCAAAUGUUUACGAUCGAAUAGGUACAGAAAGAAGCGAUCAUCAUCUUUUAAUCUUAAUCAGGCUAUUAUGAAUUUAGCAAGAGGUUCGCCGGACAACACUGUGAAGUCGUUUAAGUCGAGAUUAGAUCGAGCUCUCUCCCGUUCAACACCAAGUAACGGCACAUCCAGUGAACAAUUGUACGCGCUGCUUUGUCAUUCACUUGUCGAAAGGACCAGUCACUACGGCGAUUGUAUCAAGGAAUUGCGAUGUCUCGUGACUUGCGUGUUGUCUUCAUCGAAGCAAGACACGAGUGCGGUGAUCGCCCAUCGUACAUUUCCUGUCAAACCAUGGCUGACCGCUAUUGAAGACCUAAGCGACUGCAAGAUUUAUGUGAAUGCAGAUGAUAGCGCAAACGUUCGCUGCAAUUUCGAGCGAAGAUUACCGCGAACCGUAUCGCGGCAAGUGAAGUAUAUUUACGAGAAAAUUUUGGACCGCCGAAUACCUGAACGAUCGACCCUUUAUCAUAUCGCAAAUGAACUUGGAAGUGUUCUUACGAGGAGCAAAUGGGGAAAACAAUUGGUCUACGAUGUGUGUCAGUAUUUCGCGAUUUAUCAGGAAGGUCGCAGGAAGUUGCGCGCGCUUUCGAAAAUUGCAGCUAAAGACCAGAGAGCCGCUGCAAGGCACAAGAAGAUAUCCAAAUCAUUGAAUUUAUACAAAGAUGGAAUACUAAGAAAAACGAUGCUCGCUAUUGGUAACUUUCAUCGUUCUGCAUUAGAGACACAAAAGUUUUUCAUUCAUGGUAUCCGAAGUUCGACCAAGGGAUCAUGGCACAUCAAACUCUUUGCCUGCUUCUCAGAAUGGAUGACUAAACUUUUGGAAUUAUUUGGAUGUACACAAUUGGAUGAUACAGAUGUUAAUAUGCCGAUUCCUACUAUUCCGUCAAUUACGACAGAUUCAGUCGAUGAAACAACAAUAAGCGAUACUUUUUAUGACAGCAGUAAUGAAAUAAAACAUCUUGUAAUACAUCGCAAAAAAGAUCAGAUGAGGAAAGAAACUGAUAAAGCCUUUGAAAGAUUGUUGCAGUCGAUGAAUCACCCAUGUUCAUGGAGACAAUUGGUUUCGUUUCUACGCUUUUUUGCUUGGGAGAUCAAAAACCUGAAUCCAGCUUUGAAGAGAUAAAGGAAGAUUGGGUUCCACCUAAACGUAAUCGUAAAGCAUUGUUUUUAACAGAUUUUACAAGAAUUAAUAAAAUCAAUAAAGAUUUUCCAAUGAUAUUUAA